AUGGAAUAUGGCUGCUCUGACGACAGCGAUGGUGAACUAUCAAGCGGCGGACAGGAUGAUUUCCCACCUCGGUCGGCUCACCCUAACAUUAGUUCUCCAGGUUGGCCUCGGAGCAGCACCCCCAAGCCAGACAAAAGCUUCUAUCCAAGAUGCACACCACCAAAGAAGUUCCCUACUUCAGAGGCAACCCCUGAGGCACUGCCACAUCAACAAAAUGUAGAUGCCACUGUGGAAGCACAUGCCUUUGCCAGACAAAUUUUGGAGCUGCAGCUGCGCUCUGUAUCACUGCACCAGGAGCUGGCAGUGAGCUGGCUUCACCAGAUGAAGGAAGCCAGUCAAAGCAUGCUCAAAGAUCAACUUGACACUCACAGGACUAUCCUGGCUGAAGUCAAGCAACAAAAGACUGUUGUGGAGCACAUCAUGGUUGGCUUCUAUUUUUGA